AUGUCGACAGAAUCGAACGUCGAGUCGCAGUUCCAGAAGCCCGGUGACUUGGUGGAGCGCGAUGAGGACACUGGUGUGAUGCAGGUGGAGAGUCUUUGCAUGAACUGCCAUGAGAAUGGAACUACCAGACUUUUACUCCUCCGCGUGCCCUUCUUCCGUGACAUCAUCCUGGAGUCUUUUGAGUGCGAACACUGCCAUUUCAAGGACAACUCCGUCAAGUCUGCCGGUCAGAUUCAAGAGCAGGGAUCCAAGUACACCCUGGACGUGCAAAACGAGAACGAUCUUCAGCGCCAGGUCAUCCGAAGCGAUGUGUCGAUCUUCAAGGUUGAGUCGCUGGGCAUUGAAAUGCCCAAGGGCGAGAGUCAGUUGACGACGGUUGAGGGUGUCAUUCAGCGCAUUCACGAGUCCCUCUCCAGCGAGCAGCCGCUGCGGAAGACGCAGGCGCCUGAACUGCACGACGCUCUCCAGCCCAUUAUCGACAACCUGAAGAAGAUCCUCGACAGAGAGGGAUACCCCUUCACCGUGUCCCUGGACGACCCUACCGGUAACUCGUGGAUUGCGCCUUCUCCCAACGACGGAACCAACUACCGCCGCCGCGACUACCCCCGUACCCACGAGCAGAACGAAGAGCUUGGAAUCGCGGGUGACCCCAAUGCCGUCAAGACCGAGGGCAAGACCCUGGAGAGCGCCGACAGCAUCGACGACUCCGAGAUUGUCGAUGGACAGGUGUACAGCCUGCCCGCCGAAUGUCCUGGCUGCAACAAGCCUUGCUUCGUCAACAUGAAGAAGAUCAACAUCCCCUACUUCAAGGAGGUCUUCAUCUGGGGUACUGUCUGCGACCACUGCGGAUACCGUACUAGCGAGGUCAAGACUGGUGGUGAGGUUCCCGACAAGGGCAAGCGCAUCACUCUCAAGGUCGAGGACGAGGUGGAUCUUUCUCGUGAUAUCCUCAAGUCCGACACCUGCGCCCUGCACAGUGACGAACUUGAGGUCUCGGUGCAGCCCGGUACUCUGGGUGGUCGUUUCACUACCGUCGAGGGUCUCCUCACCGAGAUCCGCGACCAGCUGCGCGGUCAGAUCUUCGACAUCGACGACACUGCCGGCAGCGGCGGUGACAGUAUGGCCGCUUCCGACAAGGAGAAGUGGGAGCGCUUCUUCAACCGUCUCGAUGCCGCCAUCAAGGGAGACCUGAAGUUCGUCAUGACCAUGGAAGACCCAAUGGCCAACAGCUACGUUCAGGACCUGUGCGCACCUGCCGUGGACCCCAAGAUCACGAUCGAGGAAUACACCCGAACCGAUGAGGAAGAGGAGGACCUGGGUCUCAAGGACAUGAAGGUCGAGGGCUACGAGGCUGACACCGAGAAAAAGGACGAGCCUGCCGCUGAGAACGCCGAGCAGAAGUCGUGA